AUGUUGAUCACAAAACAAAAGUUUAAAUUGAUCUGGAACGAAAAAGUGACGUAUCUGUUUGUGGCGGCGACGUGGGCAUGGAAAGCCGGCAUUGCUGCGUAUAUCGUCUUUGGAUGUCCCACUCAACAUUAUCUGGAACCGAAUAAUUAUUCGAUUAGUUAUCAAACUGUGGAAGCAGACAUCUUUCUCCUCACAUAUGCCACGCAGAUUGUCCCAAUCUUUGUCAUCACCUCAAUCGGCAUCUAUCUCUUUUUCUUUAUUCUCUUAACUAUUCAAAAUUUGGUCUCGAAAAAUGCUACACUAAAAGCGCGAGUCGUUCGCACAGUCGUCGCCGCAAUGCUGCAAAAUUUUGCUGCUCUGAUUUCCUCCUUUCCCAGUUUAUACGAAACAAUUCGCUACGAAUUCCCAUCAUUUCACAUGCAAUCCAUCGAUUUACCAACUUAUCUAUUUUGUUUGAAAGUUGGUACAAAUCUUUAUGCAACAUCUUCCGCAUGGAUCAUGGUGAUUUGUGUGCAAGAAUACCGCACAGCUGUAAUUGAUCUGAUUUUAAGACGAGAUUCAAAAAGAAAGAACAACACAACAUUGACAGCAAUCAGGACGAGAAGAUCGCUCACUUUGAGUAGAAUUCGGGAAACGAAUGGAAUCACAAGUAUUGCC